AUGCUACGAAGCAGUGCGAACAUAAUCACACGUUGUAUGACAAUUAAGAUUCUUUCAAAUCGAUCGGAUAUUGCUAAGUUUGCAAAAAACAAUUUGUGCGUGAAACAUUUUAAGGUAUCAAAAGUCUGUACAAGUCAGGUAAAAAUGUUAGGAGAAAUUCAAUUAAAUAAAAGGAAGCAGAAUGAAGACAAGGAGUUCGAGGAGAAUUAUGAAAGAAAUAAGAGAACUAAGUUGGUUCCCUCAGAUGGGCUAUCAGAUGGAAAGGAACACGUGAUUCUGAAAGGAGAUGCCCAUGAUGGGAGCGGCCACACAAGCUGGGAUAGAAGUGGUGACAAAAGUUGCAAUAUACAGUGUGUUCAGAAGGUGCAAACUGCGCAAAUCAAGUCUGCCACGCUGAUGGUGGUCAAGGAGAAGGAAGAUCUAGAUGUGAAUAAUGAGGAGGCAAACGCGACAAAUGAAAAAGCAGGUACAUCACUCAUUAAAUCAGAAAUGGACGAACACAUGAGAGAUAAAUACAAAGUGCAGGAAAAUCCAGAUGUGAAAGACACGAAGAGUGUAACACAAGUGCAUAACGAAAGGGUUGAAGUGAAAGAAGAAGAAAAGGAGAAUAAAAUAAACAACAACAGCAGCAGCAACAAUAACAGGAACAGGAACAAUUGUAAUUUAAAUUUAAACGAAAAUGGAGAAUUUUUAAAUGAAACUAAGGAAGAGAUAAAAAGAAUUGUUACAUGGAAUAUGAAUAGUAUAACUGUUAGACACAAGAACAAGGAAAAAUGGAAUAAUUUUAUGAAUUUUUUUCAUAAAAUUAAUGCUGAUGUGUGGUGUUUUCAAGAAGUGCGAUUACCAGCACUUAACUUGUUGAACGGUAAAAUUGAAAAGGAUGAUAAAAGAGAUAGAAGUAAAGUAAAAAAUACAGAUCAGAAGAGCCAAAUUGACUUUGAAAUUAUAGAGAAUAUUUUGAAAAAAGAUUUUACAAAUUAUAAUGCUUACUUUAGCUUAGCCAAUAUAAAAUAUAGUGGUCAAUUGGUAUUAAUAAAAAAAAGCAUACCUGUGAAAUCAAUUCGAUAUAAUCUUUUUUUUGAUAAAGAUCCAAAUAUACAUCAUGAUGAAGGAAGAGUUAUAUUGGUUGGGUUUUCAAACUUUUAUCUGUUGAGUACAUAUACACCUAAUAACGGAUUCGAUAUGGUUAAAUUUGAAAGAAGAAGAUUAUUUGAUGUGCAAUUAAAAGAGUUCGUUUCUGAUUUGAAAAAAAAAAACCAAAAUUUAAUAUGGACAGGUGAUUUGAAUAUAGCACCUGAAGAUAUUGAUUUGUCUCAUCCUGCUGAAUUCAGAAGAAUGAAAAAGGGGAAUGUACCAAAGGAGUUUAUUGGUCAACCGGGAUGUACAGAUUUUGAGAGAAAAAAUUUUAAAAAUAUUCUUUCUGCUGGUGAUCUUAUCGAUUCGUAUAGAUAUUUGGCCAACUUAAAAAAAAAAGCCGAAGAAGUAGAUAUUAAAAAAAAUGGUACCCCAAUUAAUAACAACAAAUCUUCUGGGAAGUCUACUAUAAACGAAAAUAUAUACACAUGGCGAUGUCCAUUUCAAAUUGGAAAAUCAUGUAACAAAGCUAUGCGCAUUGACCACUUCAUCAUUUCCAGAGACUUUAUGCCAAAAGUAGAAAAGGUUGACAUUCAUGGGUAUGGCGUCUUCCAUAACAAUUUCUACGGCUCCGACCACUGCCCCGUUAUACUGCACCUACAUCAAUGA